AUGGCACUCCCACCUUCGCUCAGGACGUCCAUCACACCACCAGAGCUCGAACUUGUUGCGUCCGAGCAACUGGUCGAGAUUGUGCCUUUGGUCUCGAUGGAACGUACCGCGUUCAUAUCGGGGGCGUACGGUCCAUUGCGGCCUCCUACAAAAUGCAAAGUCCCAUUUUGGAUGGCAUCUAACCUCAAGCUGAAGAAGAAAUGUCAUAUCGUCCCUCCACCAUGGCUCAACGUUGAAUUCCUACAGGACCGGCUAACGCAAGAAACAACGUCAUCUGACUUCAGCGAGAUGCCAUUCCGCUUCGCUGAAAUUGCCAAGAUUCUGCUGGAUGUCGCAUCGGACGAUCUGCAAAAUCCAGAAAAACUGAGGACGCUCUUAAAAGAUAUCAGAGAAGCCCGACAGGCCAAGAGUCGUGAGGGUCUAACUGAACUUAGUCGGAUUGAAGUUUCGUUGCCGAAUCUAUGCGCCAUGGAGAUCAACGAGAUUCGACCGUUUUUCGUGCGCGGUAUGAACGUUCUGACCCAACUCACCCGAGCACCCACGUCCAACCAAAUGGAUGAAACAUAA